AUGACAAAGGGCAAAAUUGCUGCUCAGUGCGGUCAUGCUACCUUGGCCUGUUACAAGUCUAUCAAGCAAGGAAAUCUUGAGAUCCUCCGUGCCUGGGAAUAUUCGGGACAAGCCAAGGUGGCUCUGAAGGCAGACAGUGAGGAGAUGCUUGACGAACUCCAGGCAAUUGCCCUCAGUCUCAAUUUGACUGCCCAGAGUAUUCGAGAUGCUGGCCGUACUCAGAUUGCUGCUGGAUCCAAGACUGUGCUUGGUAUUGGACCAGGACCUAUCGAACUUAUCAAUGAAGUUACUGGCCGCUUGAAGCUUCUUUAA